AUGGCCACGGUGGACCUUAAGGAUGCAUACCUGCUUGUCCCGAUAAGAGAAGGUCAUAGGAAAUAUUUAAGGUUCUUUUUUGAGGGCUCUUUAUACCAAUAUAAUUCCUUGCCUUUCGGUUUAAGCUCCGCUCCUUUUGUAUUUACAAAAAUAAUGAGGCCUGUUGUAUCAUUCUUGCGAGAGAGAGGCUAUACUUCGGUGAUUUAUUUAGACGAUAUCUGGCUGCUGGGUAACUCAUUUGAUGAGUGUUUAGAAAAUGUUCAGACAACCGUUGGGCUAUUAGAAUUUCUGGGGUUUGUGAUUAAUUAUAAAAAAUGUUGUUUAAUACCAUCUCAGCGCUGCACAUACUUGGGAUUUACAUAUAAUUCUCUCUCUAUGUUGUUGGGCCCUACAGAUAGGAAACGCAAAUAUUUAAUGGACUGUGUUUUGAAGAUUACUAAGAAAAAAUCUUGUAAAAUACGGGAAUUAUCUCAGUUGAUCGGCAAACUCGUUGCUGUUUGUCCGGGCAUUAAAUAUGGUUUUCUUUACACUAAAAUCUUAGAACGUGCAAAAUUUUUAGCUCUUAGAAAAUCAGGAGGUAAUUAUAACGCCAUUAUGACCUUGCCCGAAUCUAUUUUUAUUGACUUAAGAUGGUGGACUGACCACUUACCUCUGGCGACAAACUCCAUUCGAGUUGAUUCGUUUUGUCUUGAAAUUUUUUCAGAUGCGUCCUUGACAGGAUGGGGUAUAUAUCAAAAAGACUCCAGGUGCAGCUAUGGGUUUUGGUCGGAGGCUGAGGCUCACUUCCACAUUAAUUACUUGGAAUUGCUGGCAUUAUUUUUUGGUUUAAAAUGUUACGCGGGACAUUUAAAAGAUUGCCAUAUAUUGUGCAGAGUUGAUAACACUACGGCAAUGGCCUAUGUUAAUCGGAUGGGUAGUAUUCAACAUCCUAACCUUAAUGCUCUUGCCAGAGAAAUUUGGCAGUGGUGCGAGCAGAAAAACAUUUAUAUUCGUGCUGCGUACAUUCCAUCAGUGGAUAAUGUGGAAGCGGAUAUAGCCUCUCGACAACUUAAAAUAGAAACGGAGUGGAGCUUGUCUAAUUAUGCUUUUCAUAAAAUUGUAGAAACUUUUGGUGUUCCAACCAUUGACCUUUUUGCUAGUCGAUUGAAUAAAAAAUGCAAAAGAUUUGUAUCUUGGUUGAGGGAUCCAGAGGCAUGCUCCGUUGAUGCCUUCACCAUAUGUUGGCAAGGCCUGGAAUUUUAUGCUGUUCCGCCCUUUUCUUUAGUACUUAAAGUUUUGCAAAAAAUUGUUUGUGAUCAAGCGGAGGGUAUUGUUGUGGCACCCUUCUGGCCCUCUCAGCCAUGGUAUCCCCUGUUUUUAUCUCUAUUGAACUCCUCACCCGCUAUCCAAAGACCUUUCCCUGGUGGUCGGGAGGUUGUCCUGGAAGCGCUCAGGUUGAAAAAAGUACCAGCUCAGUCUUUGGAUAUAUGUGUCGCCUCCGUUACAACUGCAACCAUUAAUCAGUAUGCGUCUGGUUUAAAGGCUUGGUGGGAGUUCUGUCAGGCAAAGAAACUGGAUCCUUAUACUGUGGAGGUCGCGAACGUCUUAAUAUUUUUAGCCGAGCUUUUUAAUAAGGGGGCCUCUUAUAGCCUUUUAAACACCUAUAGAUCGGCUAUCGCACAAAUUUCUGGCCCAGAAUUGGCCCAGGAUUUUCGCUUAAAACGAUUUUGUAAGGGUGUUUUUGGUCUUAGACCUACGCGUCCCAAGUAUGAGUUCUCUUGGGAUCCUGCGCAGGUUUUGGAUUUUGUCCGUAGCUUAGAGACCAGCUCAAUAUCAUUGGAGUUACUUUCGCUAAAAUGUUGCAUAUUAUUGGCGUUGGCUACGGGACAGCGCAUUCAGACUUUACAUAAUAUUGAGAUUUUGAAUAUUCAGGUUUUGGACAAACAAAUUUGUAUUAAGGUCCCUAGUCGCUUAAAGAUUUCCGGUUAUAAUAAGUCCCAGCCUUUUUUAAUUAUUCCAUUUUUUGACAAUGAUACAAAUAUUUGUGUAGCUAGAACGCUAGUUGCUUACUUGGAAAAAACCCGAAAAUUAAGAGGUUCUUGCCAGUACUUAUUCAUAACUUUUAAGAAACCUCACCAUAGGGCCACAAGACAGACCAUAGGGCGUUGGUUAAAAAAUAUCUUAAGAUCUAGUGGAAUAGAUACUAACACCUUUUCUGCUCAUAGUACCCGGCAUGCGGCUACCUCAGCAGCGGCUAGAAAGGGAAUUAGUUUCGAUACCAUAAGACUAGCUGCUGGUUGGUCGGAACGCUCAAGAACGUUCGCUACGUUUUAUAAUAGACCGUUAGCGCCUGAGAGCUCAUUUGCUAGAGCUGUCCUUUCAUCGGAUUAA